UAUAUAACAGAGUGGAACACACUCGCGGUGCUCAUUCCGGCAUAAUGCGGCGAGCGCAGAGGAGGCCUCAGCGCCCUCCACUUUUACCGGCUCUGCUGGCGUUGGCGAUUUUCUCGUCUGCUGCGAUUGUGACAGCCGAUCCCAGCCCUGGGGCAGUUUCUUUUCCAAACGAUGGCGCAGUUUCGUCUACAAGAACUAGUCGAGGACUUGGUGCAAGUCUCACCUUCCCGAAAGACUCGCAAGACGAGGGUGUCAAGGUGACCAGGUCGAUUCUGCCAGGACAAACGUCCAGUGGAUUCGCCUUUCCCUCGCAGAACGACGACGGCCCGCGCCAGUCCAAGAGACUCGCAUUCCCCUCAGAAUCUACUUCUCCGUCUGCCCGACCUGACCCGCAACCCUUCAGGGCGCAGCGAGGGCUCAAGUUCCCUGGCAGAGACGCCGAGGACGGAGAUUCGGCAGCAUCCGAUAAAAAAGAAACGAGGCACGUCAACUACGGAUUUGACUAUGACGAGGGUGGCUACGGAACCGGACAAGGAUUUGAGGACAGUGGUCAUUCCUCUGGAGGCGCCGGUUACAACGGAGGUGGUUAUGGGGGCGCCGGUUACGGAGGCGCCGGUUACGGGGGCGCCAGUUACGGAGGAGGAUUUGGAGGUGGUGUUUAUGGAGGCGGAGCAGCGCCUGAGGAGUACGGACACGGAGGUGGCUCAACGGAUUAUGGAUAUGAGGAUGAAGGAGGUACUGGAGGAUAUGACGAUGGUGGCUUUGGAGAAGACGAAGCUGCCAGUCACGUGUCUCAUGGAUACGAUCACGAGGAGCACAGCCCAGUGCCACACAAUCACAAAUCCGACGGCACGUGGAAGAAGAAACUAAUCUGGAAGCCACGUUGGAAAAAGGUGUGGAAACACGCAAAAAAGCAAAUUUGGAAUCCACACUGGAAAAAAACCUACAAACCAAUCUGGAAAACGACGUGGAAACCAGACUGGAAGCAAAUUUGGCUGCCUGCAUGGAAACAGAUUUACAAGCCAGUGUGGGUAAAGCAAUAUGUGCCGGGUGAUAAAUCGCAUGGCACCGAUUAUGAAGGGUGGGAAUAUACCUCACACGGACUGUGGAGGAAAAAGUUGAUUUGGAAACCCUAUUGGAAAAAGUACUGGAAACCAGGUCAAAAACAAAUCUGGAUUAAAGGAAAGAAACUUAUCUGGCAGCCGGCAUGGCGCAAAACCUGGGUUGCUAGUUGGAAACCCGUCAAAGUUCCGGCCUGGAAGAAAAUCUGGACGCCCGUUUGGAUUUCCGAGUGGGUGCCUUUCCCAGACCACGAGGAGGUUUGGGAUCGAAAGGCUGGAGCUGGCGAGAGUCAACAGCCAGCCGCAGAGGACCGAACUACGAGGGAAGUUUCAGCCAAGCAGAAUGUGGCAGGGUUUCGUUUUCCUCAGGUCGCUGCGUCUGCCGCCGCUGGCAAAAGUGUAGACCCGAAAAUCGCGUCGUGGUCCUGGCAGUGAUUUCCCACAUCAGGUUUCAGAAUGCGUUUGAAAAGACUUUUGAGGAUCCGUGACGAGAUAAUAGGAUGAAUGCUUUUAACAGUAGUCAAUAAGAUAAUUUUUGUGCUUAAUUUAUUUAACUUCCAUUGCCCGAGUCAGUUGUAAUGUAAAUAGCGUAUAUUUUGUGUAAGAAUACAAUAAAUUCAUAUUAUUGAU